AUGGCCGCUAAGUCGGACGGAGCAGUAGUGUCUGUGGAAGAUGACAACCCGCCCAGGAGCCUCUCGGAGCCGGGGAACCCCGGCGCUCGGCCCCGCCGCAAAACGGCGGGGAAACCCUACUCCGUGCUGGACUGCUGCUGGGUGCUCUGCGCCCUGCUCGUCUUUUUCUCCGACGGCGCGACGGACCUGUGGCUAGCCGCCGACUACUACCUGAGAGGCGACUACUGGUGGUUCGGCUUGACGCUCGUCUUCGUCGUGGUGCCGUCCGCGGUGGUCCAGGUGUUGAGUUUCAGGUGGUUCGUCUACGACUACUCGGAUUUCAGCCGCGGCGACGGCGCGGCGGGCGGCAGCGGAGCGGGUGCGGUGGUGACAGGCGCGGCAGGCGGCGGAGCGUCGGCUGUGGGCGACGGCAGUUUCAGCACCAAGGGCAGCGACCAGCGCGGAGGGAGUGCGGCGGCGGCGGGCAACGCCGCCAACGUUACGCCGGUUUGCACGGCCACCGCGCCGCCUGCGACGGGACGGAGAGUCGGGGGCUCCCGGAGGUGUUGCGUCGCCUGCAUGUGGGUCUUUCAGACCGUACUUCAUCUGCUGCAGCUGGGCCAAGUGUGGAGGUACAUCCAUGCUCUCUACCUGGGAGCCCAAAGUCGCUGGCAUGGCAACGGGCCCCGGCGCCAUUUCCACUGGCGACUGAUGUUCGAGAGUGCCGACAUCACCAUGCUCCGCCUGCUGGAGGCCUUCCUGAAGUCCGCCCCUCAGCUCGUCCUUCAGCUCAGCAUCAUGAUCCAUGGAAACGCCGUACUGCCGCUACAAGGUCUCUCGGCCUCUGCGUCUCUGGUGUCUCUGGCUUGGAUGAUCGCCUCCUACCAAAAGGUUCUGCGUGACUCGCGUGAUGACAAGCUGCCCAUGUCCUACAAGGCUGUCAUUGCUCAGAUGCUAUGGCACUUCUUCACCAUUGGGGCACGCACCGUGGCAUUCGCCCUCUUCGCCUCUGUCUUCCAACUUUACUUUGGCAUUUUCAUCGUCAGCCACUGGUGUGUGAUGACAUUCUGGAUCAUCCAAGGUGAGACGGACUUCUGCAUGUCUAAGUGGGAGGAGAUCAUCUACAACAUGGUUGUGGGAAUCAUCUACAUCUUCUGUUGGUUCAACGUCAAGGAGGGCCCCAGCCGCUUCCGCAUGACCGUCUACUACUCCGUCACGCUGGCGGAGAACGCAGCGCUCACUGCUGCCUGGUACGCUUUCCGCGGGCCACACAUCUCUGACUUCUACGCACUGGUGGUGGUGUGCAUGGUGGCCUGCAGCUUCGCCCUGGGAACCUUCUUCAUGCUGGUCUACUACUGUUUGCUGCACCCAGAUGGGCCUGUUCUGGGCUCUCAGUGGAGAGGGUGCGUGGAGGAAGGAGAGGGAGGCACGGGAGGGGUGGGCUCCCAGACCCCAGGGGGCUCAGACGUGGUGAUCACCAGCCCCCCAAGAACUCUCCCCAGGACUAGAGAGGCAGGGGAGCCAGUCCCGGGAGAGAGAGACAGGGAUAGUUGCCUUCCUGUCUUUCAAGUGCGCCCCUCCCCUUCAUCUUCCCCAGCACUGCUCCACAGAAGCUCCUCCACCUCCCGGGCCCAGGAGGGCCCUGUCAUUCGCAUUGACCUCCCCAGGAAGCGGUAUCCAGCCUGGGAUGCACAUUACAUUGACCGGCGCCUCCGCAAGACCAUCCUGGUCCUAGAGACCACAUCACCUGUCAGCCCCAGGAUACAGUACAGGAGUAGCAUGAUGGGAAGUAAAGAAGUGCUAGAAUAUGAGACAACAGUCUAA